GCUUGCAGCACUACAACGGGUACGGAUUAUAAUAUGGCAGACGACAAGGUACCGCAGAAAAUGAGUUUUCUCAACGAUAGCCUGUACAGCUACAAACGAACGGUGGAAAACACACAUAAAUAUGAUGCGCACACGAAGCUGGAAACCAUUGCAGUUACUUCGCAGUGUAAAUUACAGGGAAAGGAUCUGGUCAGCCCAGUCGUCCCAUCAAUAAGUCUGGCUUCAACAUUUAAAAUCAACAAAGUCGAUGAGUAUGAAAAGUGCUUAAAGGAAGGCUAUAUCUACAGUAGAGUAGCAAAUCACUCAUGCGAGUCAGCUGCCCAGACCAUCAACAUGCUGGAAGGAGGAGCUGGGGGACUGCUGUUUCCCAGCGGUAUGUCUGCCAUCUCAACUACAUUGUUAACUGUACUUAAGCAAGGGGAUCAUGUGAUACUUCCAAAUCCAACAUAUUCCGGUACGUAUAGAUUUGCAAAAGAUAUGCUGGUAAAGUACGGCAUUGAGGUGUCAUUUGUUGAGGCUUGCAACAUAGAAGCAUACAGAGAGGCAAUAAAGCCCAACACAAAGAUGUUGUAUGGAGAGACUCCAACAAACCCAAAACUCGAUAUUCUAGACCUCGAUGCGUUUGUCGCGGUCGCUAAUACUGUACCUGGUGGUGGCGCCCUGACGAUGGUGGAUGGAACAUUUGCAAGUCCAUACCUACAACAAACAUUGAAGCAUGGUGUGGAUAUUUCUGUGCAUAGCUGUACAAAAUAUAUUGGCGGGCAUAGUGAUAUUCUUGGAGGAUCAGUUUGUUUCUCAGACAUUCGGUUGCUCAAUUAUGCUGUCGAUCUACAAAGGCAGAUGGGAAACGUUCAGUCCCCCUUUGAUGCUUUUUUGACCCAACGAGGAAUUCGAACCCUUCCUGUCAGAAUGGCGAAGCACAGCAAAAAUGCAAUGACAGUUGCCCAAUAUUUGGAACAACACCCAAAGAUUUCUCGUGUCUUUUACCCCGGUCUAGCCUCACAUCCACAGCAUGAGGUUGCAAAGAAGCAGAUGUCGGACUUUAGCGGGAUGGUGGUCUUUGAGAUGGCUGGGGGUUUGCCAGCUGGCAAGAAAUUGGUGGAGAAUUUGAUGUUGAUAGUUUUGGCAGUGUCACUUGGGGGUCAUGAGAGUCUCAUUGAACAUCCAGCGACGAUGACCCACGGCGCAGGCAUCAUGUCAGCGGAAGAACGACGGGAAGGUGGAAUUACUGAUGGACUCAUACGAUUUAGUGUUGGUCUUGAAGACGCCGGUGACUUGAUUAAAGAUUUGGAACAGGCUCUUGAAAAAAUAGAUGAAUAAUGCCAGUGACCUGGUGAAGAUUUUAGAGAAGCUUCAAACCAUCUCAUGAUCUGUUUGGCAUCUCACUAUUAUCUAUAGUAAAGAUUUUAUGUACUUCCACUGGGAAUUUUGGUAGCCACUUUAUAAUUUUCUUAAAUUCUCACUCAAAUAGGCCUAUUACUUUUAAAAACAAAAAUAAAAUAUCAAUAAACAUAUAUCUAUUUAGUUGCACGUCAUCUAUGUAUUAACACUGAUAAUACAGCAAUUGUAAUAUUAAUUGAAAUUAAAGUAAUUGAAUUAAUUAUAUCAAUUUAUAUGGAUGUAAGAGUGUUAGUUGCAAUGGCUUAAUGAAUUAAUAGAAUUACAUUUUGGUCUUCCAAGUAAAUUGUAAAAUAAUAAACUAAAUUCAAGAUAUAUUAUGGGUAUGUAUGUAAUUGAAUGUAAUUAUAUAUUAAAGAAUUUAAUUAAUUAUCAAUUUAUAUGUAAGUGUUUUAGUUGCAAUGGCUUAAUGAAUUACUAGAGUUACAUUUUACUUCUAGAUAAUUUGUGAAAUAAUAAAUUCAAUUCAUGAUAUAUUACGGGUAAACUGGAUUCC